GGUUGACGAACUGCCGUCCCUUUCGCCCUAGCUGGGCCUGGGACUCGCUAGAUUAGGUGGAGAUUUCUGAACCAUGAGAGAUGUACACUGUCUGCUAGGUGACAGGUCGCCUGUGGUCGCAUACAGCUUCGAUCAGGGCAGCUAGCGUUGAUUGUAGCCAAGCAAUCUGGUGUUUGAUCAGCGCAGAUAGGUUACAUUGAUUCUUUGUGGAGGCGACAACUGCGGAGAGGGAGGUCUUCGCUGGCAAACUUAAAUCUCUCGAAGUCCAUUUCAAGGAGGCAACAUGGCUUUAGUAAAUCCACGAGACAAGAAGGAUGAGGACCGAGACGACGAGACCGAGUAUUCCCCUUUCUUCGGUAUUGAGAAGGGUGCAGUCCUGCAAGAAGCGCGGGUUUUCAACGACCCUCAAUUGGACACACGGAGAUGUCAGCAGGUUAUCACAAAGCUGCUGUACCUGCUCAACCAAGGAGAGAGUUUCACCAAGACGGAGGCAACCGAGGUGUUCUUUGCGACGACCAAGCUUUUCCAGUCCAAAGAUAUUGCGCUUCGACGGAUGGUUUAUCUCAUGAUCAAGGAAAUUACACCAUCUGCUGACGAGGUGAUCAUCGUGACGAGCUCGCUCAUGAAGGAUAUGAACAGCAAGACAGACCUGUACAGAGCCAAUGCGAUAAGAGUUCUCUGCAGAAUCAUUGAUGGAGGUCUGCUGGGGCAGAUCGAAAGGUAUUUGAAGCAGGCAGUUGUGGACAAGAACCCCAUUGUGGCAAGCGCAGCGCUCGUCAGCGGAAUCCAUCUUUUGAAGAACAACCCGGAGAUCGUGAAAAGGUGGAGCAACGAGGUGCAGGAGGCUGUAAACUCAAAGGCGCCACUUGUCCAGUUUCACGCGCUGGCAUUGCUCCACCAGAUCCGCCAGAACGACAGAUUGGCCGUCAGUAAGCUGGUAACCAGUCUCACCAGGGGCAACGUCCGGUCGCCGCUGGCCCAGUGCUUGCUGAUCCGCUACACUGUGCAGGUGAUCCAUGAAGCUUCUGGCAUCAGCUCAUCGGGUGGCGAGCGGCCCUUCUAUGAGUUCCUCGAGGGCUGCCUGCGCCACAAGGCAGAGAUGGUCAUCUUUGAGGCCGCCCGGGCAAUCACGCAGCUGGAGGGGGUCACCAGCCGCGAGCUGACACCAGCCAUCACAGUCCUCCAGCUGUUCCUGAGCUCCUCCAAGCCAGUGUUGCGCUUCGCUGCUGUCAGGACUCUGAACAAGGUCGCAAUGACGCACCCGCUGGCCGUGACCAACUGCAACAUCGACAUGGAGAGCCUGAUCAGCGAUCAGAAUCGGAGCAUUGCGACGCUUGCCAUCACGACGCUGCUCAAGACGGGCAACGAGUCGAGCGUAGACCGCCUGAUGAAGCAGAUUACCAACUUCAUGUCGGACAUUGCGGACGAGUUCAAGAUCACCGUGGUGGAAGCCAUCCGCUCGCUGUGCCUCAAGUUCCCCCAGAAGUACCGCACCCUGAUGAACUUUUUGAGCAACAUUCUGCGAGAGGAGGGCGGCUUCGAGUACAAGAAGGCCAUCGUGGACUCGAUCCUGAUCCUCAUCCGGGAGAUCCCGGACGCCAAGGAGAGCGGCCUCUCGCACCUCUGCGAGUUUAUCGAAGAUUGCGAGUUCACCUACCUGUCCACGCAGAUCUUGCACCUGCUCGGCAACGAGGGCCCCAAGACCGCCGACCCCAGCAAGUACAUCCGCUACAUCUACAACCGGGUCAUCCUGGAGAACGCCACCGUGCGCGCCAGCGCCGUGAGCGCCCUCGCCAAGUUCGGCGCCAUGGUCGAUUUCCUGCAGCCCCGGAUCAUGGUCCUACUCCGGCGCUGCCUGCACGACAACGAUGACGAGGUCCGCGACCGUGCGACCCUCUACCUCCAAGUGCUGGGUGACACCAAGGACAUUGCGCCUGACGGCGCGGCGGCCUUCCUUUCCGAGACCCUCAACGUGCCCCUAGCCAAUCUGGAGGCCAGCCUGAAAGCCUACGAGCCGAGCGAGAAGCCGUUCAACAUCGCUGCCGUCUCAAAAGAGGCAAAACCCCUCACCAUUGCCGAGAAGAAGAAGGAGAAGAAGGCACAGCGGGAGGCGGCGGCCACGGGCGCACAUGCCAACGGAGUUGCCCCAGCGGUCUCGACCAGCUCGUACGAGAACCUCCUCAACGCGAUCCCAGAGUUCGCCUCCAUUGGAAAGCUCUUCAAGUCCUCGAAGCCGGUCCAACUUACAGAAGAGGAGACGGAGUACGCUGUGAACGUGGUCAAGCACACGUAUCCCGCACAUGUCGUGUUCCAGUUCAAUGCUACCAACACCAUCCAAGAGCAGCUGCUAGAAAACGUGGAGGUGGUGAUGGACACGUCCUUGGCCGAUGAGUUCGAGGAGGUGGCCUCCAUCCCGCUCAAGUCGCUCCCUUACGGCUCGCCAGGCCAGACCUUCGUGUUGCUGGCCAAACCGGAGGGUGCUGUUGCGUUGGGCAAGUUUGGGAACGUGCUCAAGUUCAAGGUCAAGGAGGUGGACCCCGCCAGCGGAGAGCCUGACGAGGAGGGGUACGAGGACGAGUACGCUCUGGAGGACGUGGAGGUGACCAUUGGCGACUACAUCCAGCGGACGUCGGUCUCCAAUUUCCGCAACUCAUGGGAGGCGCUGGACCCCGGGCUGGAGAAGGUGGACGAGUACGGGCUGGGCCCUCGCGAGAGCCUCCAGGAGGCGGUCAAGGCGGUCAUCAACACGCUAGGCAUGCAGCCAGUGGAGGGGACCGACCAAGUGCCGAGCAACGCGCGCUCUCACACAGCACUCCUAGCGGGAACGUUCAUAGGAAACGUCCCUGUCCUUGCACGGCUGUCCUUUGGCAUCGACGCACAAAAGCAGGUCGCCAUGAAGCUUGCUGUAAGGUCAGAGGAUGAGUCAGUGAGUGAACUGAUUCAAGAUAUCAUAGCCAGUUCGUAAGAAGCCCGAAUGUUUGUUUCUACUGCUGCUGUCGGAACUGGCCCCCGAUUGAAGUGAUCCGUUCUGAUCUUGACAAGAGUUGCGUUUGCUGUGGUACCGGUUUCAGCACGUAAGCUGCGUGUAUUGGUGAAGGAAAGUCAAUGUCCUUUGCAUACCCUUGCUUCUUGGUUGCACAUUUGGG